GAUUAUUUUAUUCAUUAGGUACUAUAACAAUAUAUAAUUUACUAACAUAAUAUAUCAAAUAUCAGCAAUAAUGCCUCGUAAGCCUUGUUACUGGACUCGUAAAUUAGAGUUGCUAUUGGUUGAUUUCAUACGCCAGAAAGAUUUCAUUUGGAAGCCUAUCGGUAAUACAAAUCACCACAUUCAGCAAAAAUACAAAGCUUAUGCAGAAUUUGCUUCGAAGUUAGGACGUGGCUUUACAGCUCGUUCAGUUCGAGACCGCUGGGUAAAUAUAAGAAGCACAUUUAAUCAUAACCUGCGGAAAGUUUUAAAGUCCAAAGAGACUGCCAAGUCACCAGACGAGGUCUACACUCCUUGUUGGCCGUUGUGGAAGCCGCUGCAGUUCUUAAGAGAAUCUACAAAGAGGGAUGACUGCUCUUAUGAGGAAUACAAUUCAACACAAGAAGAUUGCAAAGAAGCAAACGUCAAUUUUGAGACAGCUCUAUCUGAUAUAAAUGAAACGGAUAUUCUAAAUAUCAGACAAACGGGACAGAGGACAGAUCGGCCAAGGAAAAAGAAUAAAUCAAAGAGGAAUAAAGUUAACAAAUGCAAGGAAUUGCUUGAUAAUCUCUUAGUGUCUAUGUCUCCCUUGAGUGGGGUGGAACAGUCGCAGCCCUAUUGGUUUUUUGGGAAACAUGUUACAGAGCGAUUGAAUGCCAUGAGGCAACUAGACGCGAAAUGCGCGGGAAGAGACAUUUUAAAACUUCUUGAUGGAACAAACAAUGAAAUGGACUACACAUUAGGCAGUUGAGGUUUGGUUUCGUUUGAAAAUGGAGGAUAAAUUUCGAAAUGCCUACAGAAAAUUUCGGCUUGACGUCGACUUCUGGGACACCCUGUAUAUAUUUAUAUACAGCUUUCAGAAAAAUCUUUUUCGCUUGUAUGAUUUACCGCUAGGUCUGUGGAUCUUUUCCUGUUCUUCAAUAUUUCUUUUAGAAACCCUUUUUUCUGGUGACUCCAUAUCAUCAGAAGUCGUAAAAAAAAUAAAAAAAACUUCUGCGUAUACCAUGUGUAUACCAUUCAUCUCAUCUCCAAAAGCAAUCCUGAACAACACUUGACACGUAUGACGCACUCCCGAUGAUGAUUGUCUGCGUUUUAGAUGGAUUUAGCAAUAGACCAAAAUUCCUGCUCCAGUUUACAAUGGUAGACAAAUCAUUGUUGACCUUGCUGAUUGCAUUGGGCAAGUCUUCCAGAGUCGCUUGGGUGUAGAUUUGGACAUCGUCAGCAUACAUGUGGUAGAGAGAAGUUAAAGAUUGAGUUAAGGUAUUAAUAAAAAUUGCAAAAAGGAGAGGUGACAAGACGCAACCUUGUGGCACGCCGGCAUUGAUAUUGCGCCAAGACGAGGAAAUGUCAUCAAGCGAAAUUCGCUGCCGGCCUCCAUGUAAAUUUCUACUUUGCUUUCUACUCCAUCUAAGGUUCUUACCAGGAUAUUACUUAAUAGAUUGAUAAAAGCUGUAGAACCUAUCCUGCGAAGAGAACAGGCUGGAUUUCGCCCUUAAGGCUAGUUCGGACUACUUUAGUAUUUAGUCGAGUGGCGAGUGUUUUAGUAAGCUAAAAUAUUCGCUACUGGCCAAAAAUCGUUCGCACUUCGCUCGAGUACAGUUUACAAGUGAGUGGUGUUUUGCAAGAUGAACAGCCUACAACGCAAUAAAGUAAAUAAACUAAUUAAGCUAAUCGUAACGGCUAUUUUAGAAGAGGUGGAUGAGGAAAUUUGCGUGAUUAAUAAAAAGAAGCUAUGGGUACGAAAAUGGAUCGAUAGAAGAGAAAAACUAGGAGCUACUAAUUGUCUUCUGAAGGAAUUAGCAUUGGAAGAUCCCAAAGAAUACUUCGAUAGUUUGAGAAUGUCCGAAAGUUGUGUAAAUUUUCUGUUAAAUGAAAUACAUUCUCAAAUUCAGCGUAAAGAUACCCUUUUAAGAAGUGCGAUUCCUGCAAUUUCAAAAUUACAAGCAGUUCUAUACUUCCUUGCUACUGGGUGUAGUUUAAGGACACUCACACAUUUAUUUAGACUCGGAAAAUCUACUAUUUCCGAAUUCAUCAUCGAAGUUUGUGCAGCAAUCUAUGAAUCAUUAAAGGAAUUUAUCAAGUUAAGAUUAAAUAACAGUAACAGAUUUAUUAACAUUAGCGUUCUGCAUUGCUGUUAAAAUUAAGUCAUUUGAUAUAAUUGUAACGCUCUGCGUUUCAUUCUGGUUAACAUGGCCAGAUGGAAAUUAUAUAUAUAUAUAUAUAUAUAUGGAAUAUAUUGAGGAAAGCUGAUAAUCCGAAACAUGUUCAGAAUUAUCUGUAGGUAAAAUGGACGAGGAAAAAAAUUCAGUUGCUUGCUCUUCCAUACUAUAAUUACUGGUGUCAUUAUAAUAUGUUGAUGAAUCGCUAUAUGGUGAUUCUGUAGCAUAUGACUGUGGCGUUCUGGUGAUUCCGUUUUGUUCAGAUGCGUUUUGAAGGUGCUGACGUCGAAUUCUAUUCAUGUAAAUUUGAAUGUGCUCUUGUGCUUCUAAUGCCAAUAGUAGGGGCAAAGACUUCAGUUGAAGACCGACGUGUUUUCCGAAGACCUCAAACUCAUUUUCUUCGACUGUAGAGUUACUAGUAUCAGCUAUCUCUUUUAAUUGUCUAACCAUGCUCGAGAGCUGGGAUUUUCCUUUUUUUUUUGUUGGAGGUGGAGGAGGAGGUGUAGGUUCACGAAAAGUAUCCACUACAGUACUAUUUUGCUCAGUAUCUGUAGUAUCAUCAGUGUGUAAACUAUUGGAAGCCUGAAACAAAUAAAAUGUUAUUAGUAUCAAAGUAUUCAUGAACAAUUUUUUUUUUCAGAUUCCUACUACUACAGACUGGAAAAUAAUUGAAAAUGUUUUCCGAAAUCAGUGGCACUUUCCAGGAUGCUCUGGAGCAAUCGACGGCAAACAUGUCGUCAUUAAGGCACCCCCCGAAUCAGGAAGUUUAUAUAUAAUUACAAAGAGACAAACAGCAUUGUCUUAAUGGCUAUUGUAGAUCAUAAAUAUUGCUUUAGUUAUAUUGACGUUGGAUGUACUGGAAGGGUUUCUGAUGGAGGCGUAUUUCGUAACUGUAGUUUGUACCAAGAAUUAGAAAACGGUAUUCUACCAGAGGGUCAUGUCUUAGUUGGCGACAAUGCAUUUCCCUUGAAAGAAUAUUUCGCACAUCCGGUGCAAGAAUGACGUUAUUGUAGUAAACAUGGUUUUUCAGGAGAGGCAAAUAAAGAUUUGAACAG